AUGUCGGACCACAGCCCUGACAUGAAGCGUAAGCGCGAGGCCUCGGAUGAGAUCGGCCAUGAUAUUCAUCGCAUGAACCGUUCCUCCCAUGGCAGCAACGGCAGCAUGACCGAUAACCAGAAUAAUUUCGCCCACAGCCUGAGCAGCUAUGACCAUGGCCUUCCCAACACUGGAUCGGAGCUCAAUAUUGACCAGCAAAUUCUCCAACAUGUUGGCCCUCAGAACGGCAUGACCGACGAUAACACACUUACAGCCAAGGCUGCCCUCGCCCACAACUCGCAGCACAAGUACCCCCCACCUCCCGACAGUGGAUUUGACGCGAACAUGGCGCCCGGUAUUAACUUUGGUGACGAGAUGGCCCCCCCAUCGAUGGUUGGAGCCCAUGGCCCCAACUCGACUGCCGCUGCAGUGUACGCCGCUCGUGAGGCCCAGAGUAUGGCCCAGAAGCCACAAGUCGGCUCCCCCGAGUGGCACCUAGUCCGCAAGAAUAACCACAAGGAAGUGGAACGUCGACGCCGCGAGGCUAUCAACGAGGGAAUCAACCAGAUCGCUAGCCUGGUGCCCAACUGUGACAAGAACAAAGGAGCAAUCUUGCAACGUUGUAUUGAAUACAUUCACCAGCUCCAGUCAGACAAGAAGAGCACCGAGGAGCGAUUUGAGGCACACAGCCUCACGGCCAACCAUGCCAUCAACGACAUCAGCGCUUCGAACUCUAAGCUCAAGGGUGAAGUCAACCGCUGCAAUCAACUGGCUGCAAAGUGGCUCCAGCGCUGCCGUGAUGCCGGUCUUGAGUUCGACGAUUACGAUGAUCUCGAGGAGUUGAAGACGUAUCAGACUCUCGACUAA